AUGCGCGACGUGGGAGCAGGUGGCUCCUACCUGGAAGGUCUUGGGUCGCGACUGGAACUUCGCAGGCGCCUGCGGCUCCGGCGGGAUCCGCCCAACUUCAACAAGGAAAUGUACGGCGAAGGAAGGCCGAUCGGCAGGACGCGGUAUUCACCCCGGCCGGCCCCCCGGACCCCAGAGCUGCUCGCUUUCGGUCCUCUGGCAACACCCGCUCCUGGGCCUGCAGAGUCAGACUCCGAGAUGCGGUUCUGGCGCGCGCUGCGCUUGGAUUUUCCGCCCGGGUGGAGGGAGCCCAGGCGGGUGGAGGGUGCCCAGGCAGAGUGUACCCAGGUGGAGGGCGAACAGGUGGAGAGAGCCCAGGUGGAGGACGCCCAGGUGAAGGGAGGCCAGGUGGAGGACGCCCAGGUGAAGGGAGGCCAGGUGGAGGGAGAACAGGUGGAGGGUGUCCGGGUGGAGGAUGCCCAGGUGGAGGGAGGCCAGGUGGAGGGAGAACAGGUGGAGGAUGCCCAGGUGGAGGGAGGCCAGGUGGAAGAACAGGUGAAGGGUGCCCAGGUGGAGAGGGAGCCGGUGGGGAGAGAGAAUAGGCGGAGAGACCCAGGUGGAGACUACCCGGUGGAGCGCGGCCUCGUCGUGUCCUGGGAGGACAUGGAGACCAUGUGGAGGCACACCUACCACAGCCUGAGCCUGCAGCCCAGCGACAGCCCGGUCUUGCUGACUGAGCCGGCCCUGAACCCCCUGGCCAGCCGGCAGCAGACCGCCGAGGUGUUCUUCGAGCAGCUGGGUGUGCCCGCCUUCUACAUGUCCAUCCAGGCGGUGCUGGCCCUUUUCGCUGCCGGCUUCACCACUGGCCUGGUGCUCGACUCUGGUGCGGGGCUGACCCAGAGCGUGCCAGUCUUCGAGGGCUACUGCCUGCCCCACGGGGUCCAGCAGCUGGGCCUGGCAGGCCUCGAUCUCACCCACCACCUCAUGCUGCUGGUGCAAAGCCAAGGCAUCAUGCUGCUCAGGGGUGCUGACAGGAGGGUCUUGGAGGACAUCAAGGAGACCUGCUGCUAUGUGGCGAUGGACUUCGACGAGGAGCUGGUCGGGAAGCCAGACUCGCUGGAGAAGGUGUACAGGCUUCCGGACGGGAAGGUCCUCAGGCUGCGCGAACCGCUCUUCCACUGCCCCGAGGCCCUGUUCUCCCCCCGCCUCGCGGGCCUGGAGGCCCUUGGCGUGGACAAGAUGUGCCUGCGCAGCGUCCUGAGGUGCGACGCCGACCUGAGGCCCGCCCUCUUCUCCAACAUUGUCCUGGCUGGCGGAUCCACCAUCUUCCCUGGCUUCGACAAGCGGCUGGUGAGGGACGUAGUGAAGGCGGCUCCCGCCAGCACCCCAGUGCAAGUCACGGCUCCCCCGGAAAGGAAGCUGUCCGUGUGGAUGGGAGGCUCCAUCCUCGCCUCCCUGUCAGCCUUCCAGGACAUGUGGAUCAGGGCUGAGGAGUUCAAAGAAGUCGGACCCAACGUCGUGCACCAGAGAUGCUUCUGAAGAGCAGUCGAGAUGGGAUGGUCAGGGUGGAAACGUGUGGGUACAAGUGGCAGAAAACUUUGAGUAUCAUGUUUCUGGCAGAAUAGAAAGGACUUCACUUUCUGGCAUGUCCGUGUCUCUGUUGUGCAUCUGUAAUGGAAUAAUAAUGAGGAAGCAGUCCAA